AUGACGAUUCUCGACGAUAAUCAAGUGCCUGCGGCGUCCUCCGAGGCCCCCUCGACGACGGCAGCAGCAGCGGCGGCAAUCCCGUCGACGCAGCCGCAGCAGCAACAACAACAACCACCGCCGCGUGAACUCCGUAACGAUCCCGCCCGUACGGGCUUCGACCCGCAGACCAAGUGGUGGAUGAAUUACUUCAAUGUACUCACCGGUCGCAUGACCCCCGAGGGCCAGUUUCACUACCGCGAGGCCCGCUACCGCGCCAACGAGGAGCGCGACUGCAAGCGCUGCGAGGAGCACCGCGACUGGCUGCUCGCCUUCUCCCCGACCGUGCGCUUCCUCAACGACAAGAUCACCGCCCUCAAUGGCAACCUCGACUCGUCCAACAUUCUCUGCAGGCGCUGCCCCGCCCGCCUGACCGAGGACGGCGAGGUGCACCGCCAGUCCGGCGGCUUCAGCCCUGCCCACGGCAUCCUGAUCUGCGCCAACGAGGUGAGGGACCGCAAGCACCUCGAGGACACGCUGUCACACGAGAUGGUACACGCCUGGGACCAUUUGCGGUGGAACGUCGACUGGAUGGGCGACUUGGACCUGAAGCAUGCGGCGUGUACAGAGAUCCGCGCAUCGACGCUCAGCGGCGAGUGCAGGUGGACGAGGGAGGCCUUCACGAGAGGCAACUGGAGCCUGUCGCAGCAGUUCCAGGACUGCGUGCGGAAGCGCGCCAUUCAGUCCGUGCUCAACCGGCCAAGGUGCAAGGACGACGUGCAGGCGACCAAGGUGGUGAACCAGGUCUGGGAAUCGUGCUUCAGCGACACGCGGCCCUUUGACGAGGUUUAUAGAUGA